GAAUAUGCUGCGUUAACGAAAACUGCUGUUGCAGUGCUGUUGUUGCUAAUCAAACACUAUACGCCUGUCACUAACGACGGAGUAUUGAAAAUUGGGAUGGACGGCUUGAGUGUAGCGGCGAGUGUCAUAGGUGUCACUGCUGUCGCUUUACACAGUAUCCGCGAGUUGACAGAUUUUAUUCGCAAAUUAUCAGACGCACCAUCGGCUAUCCAGGCGGUCAGGAAAGAGCUUGAGGCAAUUGAAGCUGUUUUGAGGACGAUUGAAAGUAUAUUCAACGACCAGGGAGUUUCCGAUGUACCUAAAGUGUUGAUCAACAAUACUCAGCUCAUGCUAAUCGUUGAGAAUUGUGGAGAAGCAUGCAAGGAGUUUAAGGACACCAUAACACACUGGAUGAGGCAUUCGACAGAGGCGAGAGUAUUCUGGUGGGACAGGGUAAGAACUGGCUACUUCGGAGAAGCAAAGACCAAUGCAUUCACAGCAAAGCUGGAGACCUGUAAAUCGACUCUCAGCAUAGCCUUGGAAAUAGUUACAUUGUGCGUUCCCUCUGGUUAAUCAUAUGGCAUCACAGUGCAUGUUGGACGUCCAGGAAAAACAGCUCAAACAAGAAAAGCAAACUGUGGAUCGACAAAUCGCGAAUGUCAACAGCCAGUUGGUGCAGCUCUCAGGAGAGGAUGACUCCGAUGCACUUCUGGAUAAAGAAGCAGAACUGAGUAAAGCGAGGCGUAUCGCCGAGGUCCAGCAAUAUAAAGGCUUCCUUAACGAUAUAAAAGAGGCUUCCAAUAAAAUGAUGGCUUGGGUACAAUCUGAGCGUACUGGACAGAACAUACAGGAUGUGAACAUGAAGCAAAGCCGACUCCUUGUGGGGGCGAUCAACGUCAAGACUGAAGGUCGCACAUUCCGUCAAGACAUCAAACAUGUCGAGGCUAAUAAUUCCCUUGGAAUUGUUGGCAUGGCGGAAGGAGUGGAU